UCGGCGUUUCAUCCAUCGCCGGCGAAACCCUCCGCGUCUACACCAUGACCGUGCACGGUUUCGCUACAAAUCUGCAUUCGUGGAAAUGAUAGACGGGGGACGUGUAAGGAAAGGAGAAAGAGUGAUUUCGGAGGUGGCUUAAGUAUAUACCCCCCCCUCCAGACCCCCCUCUUUUUUUCAUCCAGCUUUCUCCUCCCCUCCAUUUCUCUUUUCAAUAUGCUGUUUUCCACUCCUGGGGACUUGCUUAUGAAAACGGGAAAAUAGCCUCACGUCGAGAACGGGGAAGACGGGUUUUUGCCUUCUUUUUUUUCUUCUCUCCUCCAACAGUCCGCCGCGAUUGCGACUCCCCGUCGCUCUCGUCCUCGUCAAACACACCACGUAAAUGGAUAGAAAUUACCCGGGAACAGGAUUCGGCGAUUUGGGCGCAGGAGCUGGAUGGAGUUACGAGAGGUCGGCCAAAGCAAGUCUUGUGUAUGGGAGCUCCAGAUCAUCCCACCCGGAGUCUGAGCUCCUACACAGGCAAGCCUACGCCACCCCACACCCUCUGCAGAGCUAUGCCACCAAUCACCACCCAGGGAGCUCCGGCCAGGGCGGGGCCUGGGGAGCAGCUGGAAGGAGUUUGGGUCUGUCUGGGCUGUUCGACACGGGCCUGCACCAUGCCAGCCCUUCUGGCCCCGAUGCCUCUGUCAUGAACCUGAUCUCAGCCCUUGAGUCCCGGGGUCCCCAACCUCCCCCCUCAGCCUCAUCCCUCCUGUCGCAGUUCCGCACGCCGUCCUGGCAGACAGCGAUGCACACUCCUGCUCCGGCGGAGCUUUUCAUCUCCGGCGCCCUGCCAGGCUCCGGCUCUUUCCCCUCCUCCUCAGCCCUCUCAGCCUAUCAGCACCCGGCCUCCUUCUCCAGCCGCUCUUUUCCGGCCGCCUCCCUCUCCCUCCAGGACACACCCACUUUCAGUCCCACCUCAAAUGGCCUGCUCUCCCCUCACGACCCCCUCCUUCACAUCAAGGCUCCCUCCCAGUCCAGCCUGGGCUUUGACAGGCUACUGUCUUCACAGGGAGCCGCCAGCGCUGCCUAUCGGGGUGGCCAGGACCCAACUGGCGCCACCUCUGCCCAGGCGUCCUCUGCUAGACACCUCCAGUCUCACCAGUUCAACCUGCUGUCAUCCCAGCUCCAGGACCAGUCCUCCCAGCUCUAUAAUGCCUCAGUUUUUUCCUCAGCCCAGCCCCAGCCUCAACCCCAGUCCCAGUCCAGCUCAGGGCAGGAGCGCACUGUGUCACGACAGGACAGCGUCAUCAAGCACUAUCAGCGGCCCACGCCGGCCCAAUCCCAGCUUGCCUCUUCUGCUACCCACUCCCUCCAGCACUACCUCAGCUGUGGAGGGGCAGGGUACCAGCAGAUAGCAACCCACCACAGGCAUGCUGGCCUCUCUUGCAGCCCCCUGGGUGAACACAGCCCCUCCUCUGACCACAAGCCCACCUCCCGUCCCGAGCAGUACCGGCCAAUCAUCCAGCCCCCUUACUCCUCUUCUUCAUCUUCCUCUUCCUCUUCCUCUGCUGGCAAAGGGACCAAGAGCAGCUCCAGCAGCGGCUACUCCUCUGCCAGCUCUGCCUCCUCCUCUAGAACUCCUCACACUCCUCCCUCAGCCUCCUCCACCUCCUCUUCCUCCUCCUCUUCCUCUGCCACCUCAGGGGCCCAUCCCUCCAACUCAAUCCCCACCUCUACUUCCAGUGCAGCCCCCUCCAGACAGCAGCCUCCCCCUCAGUCUGCACCUCCUCCAGCUCCUCAGCAGCAGCAGCCUCCUCCUACUUCCUCCACCUCUGCCCCUCAGGCUCUCCCUAAAUCCUGCCUCUCUGGGUACGGUUCCCCUGUACCCUCAGUGAAGACGCCCACCAGUGCCCUCACUGGUCAAACCCCACCUCAGCAGCAGCAGACCCAAUCCUUUUCCCCCAGUCAGCCCCCCACGACCCACCUUCCUCAGUCCUAUGGGGGCUUUAGCUCCCCUCAAGCACAGGACCUCAGCUCAGGCACUGGGGGAAAAGGCUAUGGUGGUCUGGCAGGGCGAAGUCAGUCAUACUCCACAGAUGUUUAUGGGACUGACUCUGCCUAUGGCUCGCUUCCCUCUUCCCUUGGUGGAGCCGGAAGCCCGUCACUAGGCUAUGGAGCACCAGGCCACUCCCCUGCCCUUUUAAGGUCAGGUGGGUCAUCAAGCAGUGGAGCUUCUGGUGGAGGUAACAGCAGUAACACAGGAGGAGGGAACUCUGGAUCAGGAGGUGGAGCAGGUAGCAGCAUGGCCAAUGAGAGAGGUGGGGGAGGCAGUGGAGGAGGAUCUUAUCAUAUCCCAGACUCCAGCCCCUCCCCAUCUGGAAACUCUGCUAUCAUCCGCCCAGGGUUACACUCCCCAGUGCCUGCCUGUCCCACCCAGUCUCCUGGAGGUUCUGGCUCCAACAAGUACAUGUCUUCAGUCCUCUCACCCACCUUCCUGGCCUCCCCACAGGGCUACCCCGAUACUCGAGGCCCCAGUUCCCAGCCCCAGUCCUACCACCCAACCUCCUCCAAAGCUAAAUCUGACACCUCCAUGCUUGGGGUGGGCUCCCAAAGGUCCCAGGAGGAAGUGGAUGAUGAUGAGGACUUCCUAAUCCAGCACCUGCUGCAAGCCCAGGCAAGUCCAGCCCCUCAGGCUACCCAUCACCACUCUCAACAGCAGCAACAACAACAGCAGCAGGCAUCUCAACAACCGCAGCCCCAACCAGUGCCCUCAACCACUGACGCUGGCAAGGGGUUGCCCUAUGACCUGGGCAAGAGCUCUGAGGAGAGGUACCACCUCCAAAGUGUCAUCCGCACACACAGUGCCACCACCAGCUCUGGAGUUGCCAGUGCAGGAUCUGGGGGGACAAUUUCAGGCUUGGACAACCAACUAGAGAUGUCACUGAAGAAGCAACAGCAUCAACAUCAGCAACAACAACACCAUCACCAACAACAGCCACAGAGAAAUGACAGAACAGUCACAGGUACCAGGAGCAGCGGCGGAAGAAGUGGUGGUGAACAAGUGCCCCAUGCCCACCUCCAUCACCAUGACAACCUUGGCUCAGUAGUACACUACGGACGGGGCGACCCUUACUCCCAGCACUCUCUUGCUCCCCAGCACUCCUCCCACGGGCAGCAUGUUUCCUCCCACACCCAGCUGCCAUCCCACAGCCAGAUGGAGCUCCAGAAGAAGCCCCCAGAGCGUGCCGAUAUCGCGUAUCCUCGAAAGACUCCAGAAGUCCAGCAGCAGCAGCAGCAUUCCCAGUCACAAACUGCUGCAUCACUCAUGGAUUCCCCUACUGACCAGUCCCGGCAGCCGCCGCACCUGCUCCAGUCAGUUCUGUCCCACACCACCCGUGGCAAAAUGGAGGCCCAUCAACCCCACCACAAGAUAGAUUCUCAUCAACAACAGCAUCAACCACAACACCACAAAAUGGACUCCCAUCGUUCUCAUCAGCAGCACCACAAAAUGGAUUCCCACCAACAACAGCAACAUCAACAACAACAGCAUCAACAGCACCACAAGAUGGACUCCCAUCCGCAGUCACAGCAGCACUCUAUUGGCCAACCACAGUCGGUGAUGGAGGGUGCUGGAGGCAGGAUGGGCUCAGGCAAACAUCAGACUCAGCCAACGUCUCAGGCCACCCAGCUUCAGCUCCAACUCCAGUCCCAGGCUCUAGAGGUAGUGGCAGCUCACUACAGCCAUGGUCCGCCCCCAACCCAGCACGACCAGAGCCAGGCCAAGCAGAGCUCUGUUGUGUCUUCCCUGGACAUGCUGGAGCGCUCGCUCUCUCAGACCUCAGGCUCAGAGGAGGAUAGACGAGGAGGAGGAGCUAGUGGAGGAGGAGGUGGAGCUGGCACUGAGCGCCACAGACAGCAGGAGAGGCACCCUGCCCACCACCAGCAGCACUCCACCUCCGACCUCCACUCCUUCCUGUCUGAGCCUGACAUGGGCUUGUCUACGCCCUCGCACAUGCAUCAUCUGUCCCAGCACCACCCACAGCAGCAGCAACCACAACCGCAGCAACAGCAGCAGCAGCACUCCAACUCUCACCACCAACAAACCCACUCCCACCACGCUCAUGGCCAACCCCACUCACAGCCUCAACAGCACCCACACCACAUCCCGCCACCCCCGACCUCAACCCACUCCCAGCCUCAGUCUGACACCCAGCCAUCCCUGUCUACCCAACUCACCCCCCAACAGAGUCAGCUUGAGCAGCAGCGCUCGGAGCAGCACCAGUUCGACACAGUUAGCCCUGUUGAGAAAGCUGGUCAAAACCAGCAGAGCAACCGCUUUGUGCCGCUGACAUCCAUCUGCUUCCCAGACUCACUCCUGCAGGAUGAGGACCGCUCCUUCUUCCCAGGGAUGGAGGACAUGUUCUGUGCAGAUGACUACAAGUCCAGCUGUGGAGGAGACACUGGACCGGGCCAGGAGGAGAUGAACGAGAACCAGGGUAGUGCCCAGGAAGGACUAGAUUCCUUGAAGGCCGGGCAGAGUGGGGGUGGAGGAGGGGGAGGUGCCGGGGGUGGCUACGACAUGAUGGGCCACCAUGGAGGAGAUCAGGGUUACGCCCAGUACUGCCAUGGCUUGGAGGAGUCCGCUAACAACACCAUGACCCUUGACCUUGACUCCCUAAAGACCCAUGAGCUCCCCUCUACUGUCAACACUGAGCAACUGGGUUUGAUCCAGUCCCAGGGAAUAGGGAUGGGCUCCAACAGCACUGGCCCCAACAGUUCCGGAGGUAAACUGUCAUCUGGGACUGGGAAUACUGGGACUGGCACAGGUUCUGGAGGCCUUCAGUCUCCCAUCUUUUGCUCCUCACGUCCAAAGAAGCUCCUCAAAUCAAGCUCCUUCCACCUCCUGAAGGAGCGUCGGGAUCCCAACACACUGCCCAAGAAGAGCUAUGCCCAGGAGUACGAAUUUGAAGACGAUGAAGACAAAGCAGACCAGCCCGCUGACAUCCGCCUCAACAGCCGGCGUCUUCCUGACCUCCUCCCUGACCUGGUGUCCAGCUGCAGGAAAGGUGGAGGUGGGGGCGGGUCCCUGAGCCCCUUGAUGGGAGACCUUGACUUCUAUCAUUCCCCAGGAUACUCCUCCCUUGGGCCGCCGUCCCUGCUGCCUCAGGAUGGCCCCAAGAAGAGGGGUCGCAAGCCCACCAAACCCAAACGGGAAGGUCCUCCACGACCCCGUGGUAGGCCCCGCAUCCGACCACUGCCGGAGGCCUACACGCCCCGGGGGAUGAUGGGGGAGAUGGGUGGGGCACCACAGGGCGGGGCUAUGUUCAGUGUGGAUGGACGGGGAAGGGGGCGGGGCCGUGGAGGGCGGGGUAGAGGAGGGAGGAGAGAGGACAUGUUGAUGGAAAUGAGCGGGAAGGAGCAGGAGCUACAUCACCUCCAGCAGCAGCAGCUCCACCAUCAGCCCCAACAACAGCAGCAUCACGAGCCAAUACCACCUCUGAAGAUCAAAUUGCCAAUUGGUACCUUGUCAUCCUCGGACUCCCUGUUAAGGACGGAUUCUCUGUCUGGGACGGAUCCCGCCCUGUCUGACGGUUCGGUGGGUUCGGCGCCAUCCCUCGGUCUGAGCCCGGGGCCCCCCUGCAGCAGCGACAGCAGCCGGAGCCAGGAGAAGAACCGGCAGAAGGGCCAGAUGAUGAGCGAGGGGUUUGAUGAGGAGGAGCUUGAAGGAAGGGGGGACGAAAAGGACUCUGAGUCCAAGGCUGGCUUCAUGGCUUCCUUCCUGGACUUCCUCAAGACAGGGAAGAGACCUCCAGGCCUGGAGAUGGAGCCAGGCAAUGGGGAGACCUCCCCAGGAAAACCCGGUAGUCUCCGUCCGCUCUCCCCAGCCCCUCCUCCCCCACCGCCUCCCCCUCCGUUCGGUGAGGCUGAAGGGAAUGGGGGCCUGGCCUUGGGCGGCUGCCCUAGCCCCAAGCGGCUGGAGGAUGAGCUGAAGAGAAACCUGGAGACUUUGCCCUCGUUCUCCUCUGACGAGGAGGACUCGGUGGGGAAGAACCAGGACCUCCAGAAGAGCAUCUCCUCUGCCAUCUCCGCCCUGUACGACACCCCCCAGUUGGCCUCCACACUCCAGCCUCCCCCACCUCCCCCGCCCUCACAGCCCCAGCCUCCUCCUGCCCCAACCCAGGCCCCUCUCACCCCCACCUUGCAGCCCCCAACGCUUAGUCCCCAGCCAGCCCUGCACACCCCCCACACCCAGCCUCCAUCCAGGGAACCAGCCGUGCUCCAGCGAGAAGAUUGCGAGACAGAGGAGAACGAAGAGCAAGAAGAAGAGGAGGAGGAGGAAGAAGAGGAGGGCCAAAGGUGCAUGGACGGAGCAGGAGAGGAGAGCGACAGGAUGGAGGACAGGGAAACACAGUUGGAGACACUAGUUGCUCCUCAGUUAGAAGCUUCCCUUCCUGAACCUACCCCAGAGCCUGGGACCCCCGAGCCUCCUCUCGCCCCGCCCUCCCCUGCUUCCUCCUCCACCCCCUCACACUCCCCCCUGCCCCCCCUCUCGCUCCCGUCUCCGCUCCCCCCGCAGGAGGAGCUGCAGGAGGAAAACCCUCAGUCCUGUCCGAGUCCACUCCCCCCAUCCGCCCCCUCUCCCGCACCUCCUCCUGCUGCUGCCUUGCUCCCUCCAGCCUCCACCACACCUCCUCCCCAGCCACACCCGCCGUCCUCGCCGCCAGCCCCGGCUCCCAGCGAGUCUCCCCAGUGCUCCCCAGAGCCCCCUGCCUCCCCUGAGGAACCGCCACCCCCGAAAAUCACCUCCCUCCACCUGGCUCAGAAGCAGGAGGACGCGGCCAUCGUGGGGGAGAGCGAGGAGGAUGAGAGCGAGAGCGGGGGGGAGGGGAUCUUCCGCGAGAGGGAUGAGUUUGUGGUGCGGGUUGAAGACAUUCGGACGCUAAAGCUGGCGCUGCAGACUGGCCGUGAGCCCCCGCCCAUCUGGAGGGUGCAGAAAGCUCUACUGCAGAAGUUCAGCCCUGAGAUCAAAGAUGGACAGAGACAGUUCUGUGCCACCAGCAAUUAUCUCGGCUACUUUGGAGACGCCAAGAAGCGGUACCAGCGGCUCUAUGUCAAGUUCCUGGAGAAUGUCAACAAGAAGGACUAUGUCCGUGUUUGCUCCAGGAGACCCUGGCGAAGAACUGCACCUGCUCUCAGACGCCAGACGCUCCCCCGAAUGGCUUCCCAGCCGGUCACCCAGCCUCCCCCACCCCCGCCACCUCGAGCAUCCGAGAAAGAGGAGCGGGUGGCACCGCCAGUCCAGCGCGAGCAGAGGGAGAGAACGAGGAGCAAGGAACAGCGGGAGAAGAAGGAGGCAGCGGCCGCCAUGGCUAAAGCCAAGGAGCGAGAGAAGGAGAAGGAGAGAGAGAAGGAGAGGGAGAGAGAGAAGGAGAGGGAAAAGAGGGUGCAUCCCCAGCAGGAGAAGGCAGAGCGAGGGAAGGGGAAGGAGGAGAGGAAAGCAGUGGAGAGGAAGGAAAAGGUGAAGCCAGACCGUACCCCCAAGUCCAAGCCAACCAAGGUGAAGGCAGAGCCUCCGCCAAAGAAGAGGAAGAAGUGGCUGAAAGAGGUGCCUUCGUCGUCCGACUCCGACUCCUCAGAAGAGGCAGCCAGUGAGGACGAGGUGCCUGUGAAGGGAGGCGUGAACAACCGGGCCAUGAGGGAGAUGUUUAGGAGCUACGUGGAAAUGCUGGUCAGUACCGCCCUCGACCCCGACAUGAUCCAAGCUCUGGAGGACACAGAUGAUGAGCUGUACCUCCCCCCGAUGAGGAAGAUUGACAGUAUUCUCAGUGAACAGAAGAGGAAGCUGUUAAAGAGGGUUGGCAUGAGCUCUCAGCACCAGGAGACUCUUCACGCCUACCCUCAGAUCAUCGUGGAGCCUCUGGACUCUGGAAUGGUCAGGGUGCGGCUCAGCGGGGAGGCUUACAACCGUAAGACCCUCAAUAGAGUCAAGAAGACCCUGCCAAAACCGCAGGACCUCAAACUGUCUGCAGAGUCAUACCGGAUCUACAGUCUCUACCACUCUCUGCACCACUAUAAAUACCACACUUUCCUUCAGUGUAAGAAAGAGACCAACACAGUGGAGCAGGCCACUGAGGACCCGGGUCAGGAGGAGGUGGUGCAGCAGUGCAUGGCCAACCAGAGCUGGCUGGAUGCUCUCUUCGCUUCCUUCAUCGACCUGCUGACGCUCAGCGCCAAGGCCUGAGAGAGGACAGGACAGGGGAGGGGAGGGGCGACGUGAAUGACAGAAAUGCUUAAGAACAAGCAGGAAGUUGUGGGCCCUGCUGUACAGCCCCCUGCACCCCACCAAAACCUCCCUCGUGCCUCUUGAGAGCUGAGGAGGAGUUUUUUGGAGGAUAACAAGGCGCCCAUUGAUGUGACCUCGGACACUGAUCCCUCUUUAAUUUUCUUCUGCCCUUUCCCCCCCCCCUGAAAGACUGAUAAAGGAAUCGUCUCAUUCUGAGAGGAUGACAAAAAGCUGCCGGGGGCACCGGGGGUCACUCGCAGACGGCCGAGGUCGAUGGCUAACCGGCCAGCCGCGAAAUGGGUGGGGGUUUUGCAGAGGUAAAAGGUCAAGAGAGGAGCCAGGAUCCACGCCAAGCGGAGGCGGAGUCACUGGCCUCUGUGUCAGGGAGACGAUAGUUUUAAAGGGAAAAAAAAGAAGAAGAAAAAAAAACAAACUUAGUACCGAUUAGUUUUUACAUAAAUUAUUUUUUGAGAAGAACUUUAACAUUAAGCGGUCAGCUUUUUGGAGAGCGGGAGGGUGGCGAGAGUGCUUUUUAAACGUGCGAGCCGAGCGAGGCGGAAAACGUAGAGCGGCCCCACGGACGGAGUGCGAUGGAAAACGGAAGCUCCCGCUCAUCGUGUGCUACGCCAGGAGCGGCAACACCCAGCUCUGUGACAAUAAUAUAUAGACAUCUUUUUAUUAUUUAUACAGGGACGUUUUUAACAAACUCUCACGUGCGCUGGGAUGCUGCCCUGACAUUUUAGAUAACAUUUUUUUCUCCCGCAGGUUAAAUAUACUAAUCAUAACAUAUCCGAGAUGUCUUCCCUUCUAUACAAAAGAGCAACAGAGGAGACACAGAUAUUGACUCAACAACAGUAUGGCUGUAAAAAAGAUAAAGAAAAAAAAAGAAAAAAAAAGAAGAGAAUGGAAAAGUAUAUUUGAAACUUUUAACAUCGUAGUGGUUCAGUUCAGUCAUCCGAUCAUGCAGGUGCAAAGAGAGAAGUAAAUAACUAUCGGCUUCCCCAAAGGAAGCCAGUAUAAAUACGUAAUAUUUAAAGAGGAAAUAGUCAUUUCAUUUUUAUCAUUUUGAUGUUUGUGACAUACUAUGACUUAUUUUGGAAACAAUCUAAUUUUCCAAAAAAAAGAAAAAAAAGAAUGUGUGUAAAUAUUGUAUAGUUCUUGACAAUUCUUUGUUCUUCUGUACAUUAACUCCUGUAUUUGAGAAACAAAUAAAAUUGGC